UUUUGUUGUGGAAAGACCACAGAAGGAACUUGCGAGGAGGUUUUAGAACUUAGCUGAAAGUGCUAGAAAGCAAAGAAAAUACCAAGGCAAUGGCGGAAGGAGGCUCAGUUAAUAUGGAGGAGCUGCACAUGUCGUUCAGGAAGUUUGCGAUGCACGGGGACACCAAGGCGAGCGGAAAUGAAAUGAACGGGAAGAACUGGGUCAAACUCUGCAAAGACUGCAAAGUCAUCGACGGCAAAUCUGUCACUCCCACAGACGUGGACAUUGUCUUUUCAAAAGUAAAACCCAAGGCAGCCCGGGUGAUCACUUUUGAAGAGUUUAAAAAUGCCUUGGCCGAAAUUGCCCUGAAGAGAUUUAAAGGCAAAAGUAAGGAGGAAGCGGUUGAGGCAGCUUACAAGCUGAUUGCAGGAAAAGACCCAGCUAAUGUUGGCGUAACAAAAACAACAAAGGCUGGUGCUGUUGACAGACUAACCGAUACGUCUAAGUACACAGGAUCUCAUAAAGAACGUUUCGAUCAAAGUGGUGCUGGCAAAGGGAAGAUGGGACGAGAGGAUAUAAUUGAUAACACAGGCUAUGUGGGAGCUUACAAGGGGCAUGGGACCUACAAUGAAAAAUCAAAAGAAAAGUGAUUGUAAAUGGUCUAGUUUGUAAGGAGAUGGGGAAAUCGUUUGGUAAUUUCCAGAAUCUAUAUUAAGUAAACAGUAUUUAUGGGACAUCAGCUUAUUCUUCUUGACUUUCCUAAAACAUAUUGUAACAAUAACUGCACUUCAAUUAAAAUAUAUUAAUUCCCCGUGGCUAUGAUAAGGAUAUAUUAAUGAUAAUAGAUGCAGCACUUGAUAAUCCUCAAUGGCAACUAUAUCUGUCACUAAAUGUGUGUAAGUUCUGAGUCACACGGUGGUGAGACUCAUACCAGCAAAACUAAGCCUAAUAAACAAUUGCAAGCUAUAUUGCAAGUUUAUUCUGAAGAUGCAUCUGCUUCAGCACAACUUUCCCCCAGUGUCCAACGUGAUCUUGUUGAGAGUAACUUUCACAAAUUGUCUCAGGAAGUGAGGUGAGGUUCCAAAAAAAAACAUUCAUCAAGCACAUCAAUAUCACAAAAUGAGAGAGGGAGAGAGAAAAAACACAUGUUAAAACUGGAACAUUAUAGGGAGUCGAAAACGAUCACAUUUACUGUAUGCACUUCCUCCAUUUAGAACUUAAUCUCAAACCAUUAUCAGCACACUUGUGGCACUUGUUAUUUUACAGCGCUCCGAGAUAUUAUUCUACACGAAGGCUGCUCCAUAUUGUGCAAAUAUUUUCUGCAUUUCCUCAUUGGUUUCUCUGCAUCUUUAGCUCGAGAAAAGCUAGAGAAAAGAAAAUUCUGCACAAAUAAAUAAUCCAGGAACAAUGAACCCUUUUGAUAACUAUUUUAUAUUUUAAAAAAAAGUUAUGCUUUUCAACACUUCUCUUUUUAAAGGACUCCGUUGAUUUUUUCAGGAAUACAAAUUUAUGAUAUUCGAGACGAAGAGAACAACCGUUUUUGAUAAUAUAAUAUUUUUUGAAUAAAAGAAAAGAUUUUAAACUAGCUAAAUAUUCUAAUACAUCAGAGUGCCAUUAUGAAUAAUUUGGAGUUCUGUGUUCUUCUAAUUAUCCUUGUAUCACUAAUAACUUUUGGUAAAUACGGUAAUUUUUUUGUUCCCAAAUGCCUGACUUUUAAUGCUGCAUUUCGUUCAUAAUAAAAAGGCUUGACAUU